AUGAAUAGGCCGCACUGCGUCUAUGAAACCAGCAUCCCUCGACCAAACAAAGACACGGAUACGAGGCGAAGGAGUACGCAACGCGAGCGUUGUGAACUAGAAGCCUUGGUACCAUCAGAACUGCAUAACUGGGACUGCCCAGUAACAGCUCCGGCGUCACAACAGACGUUUUGGAAGACGGUCUCUCGAGGAAUCCGGCGAGUACUGGUCAUACUUGCAAUCGCAAUAGUGGCAGUGUCCACUAAAUAUGUCUGGCGUGUCUACCGCCUUAGAGAUAUAUUGAGGAGAUUUAACAUCGCAAAGAUGGUCCGUACUGAGGUAUUAACUAAACCAGUUCCAGUUGAUUCUCACGUGGGUGAUCCUAACUUAAAUGGAAACUACGCGGCACUUAAUGGCGAAUUUGCCCCAAUGGGCAGUGUAACUCUAGCUCGUAGGAGUCAUCGUUCUAUCCCUCAACGCAAUGAGGAGAUAGAUAGUGAUAUGAAUUUCGUAGUAUUGGACACCGAAGGGCUACUCUACAGUACCAAUUUUUCACGAAACGUGCACUGGGUAGCUAGGCUGACCGAUAACUUGCUCAAUGUAAAGAAGCCUGUAAUGCACGAACCGCAAGAGACCUACGCUCUGAACAAUGUCCCUACUGCUGAUGAAUCAUCAUACGGAGUGGGAAACGACAAGAGUGAAUCGGAUAGCGAAGGUUCUAGUCGUGAUUCUGGCGACAUGAACGCUGAGGAGCCAAGGCGUACGAAUACGCGCCAUCUUGUUCCUAGCUACGACGGUUACGUAUACUGUGUCUACGAGAACGGCCAUAGCCAGCUGCUGCAUAUCCACGUCCGCGAUAUUGUGAAUUUCACACCAUUCAAGACACCCUUGUUAGAUGGAGUGUACCUUGAGGGAACUAGGAGCUCUUCGGUGCUGGCUCUUGAUUUCGACACAGGUACCUAUAUUGAGCGCGGUCCUAUAAAUGACGACGGUUCAUUACCGUCUAAUCAUGUUGCUACUGCGAAAACCAAACAGUGUAACAAAAGGCAAUUACACAUAGGUUACACCGACUGGACUGUGCGCGCUUACGACGAAAAAUCGCAUGAUCAGUUGUGGAGUUUUAACUGGCGUGAAAUCGGCGCAGUGAAUAGUGAGACUACACGUCCAGCUAUUGUCGAUCGUGUUAGGGAGGCUAUUACUAUAGAUGGUAAGAUGCUGAUAAUGCGUUCUGAAGAUGAAGAUGGUACAUUUACCGAGUAUAUGAACUUUCCAUUCCAGAUUACAGCUUUAUUUGCUGUAGUGUGGAACGCCAAAACUGAUAUACUUACACUGCAGCUUGUGGAGCGGAUUGCAGUUCCACCACCACCUGCUUUUUUGCAAAACAUACUUGGCCGGGAGUACGUUUCCUUGAAGCUUACAAGUUCCAGUUUUUUCGGAACGAACAAGUUGUCCGUAAACAACGGUGUUAUAAACGUUCAGCCGCGUUGGGAUGAGUUUGAUGAAUAUGUUUUAAGUGGCGGUUAUGGCCGACUUAUAGAGAUCAAGGUGGUUGAUCCUCAACAUUACUACAUGUCGGAGGCACGGCUCCAACCGCUGAGUAUCACGCAAAAGGAGGAAGAUGAUUGGGAAACGCUUAAAUGGAAAUAUGUUAUUCGUGCCUGGGCGAUUUUAUUUUGGUUGGCGGCGUUGCUUUUUGUGCGACGUGGAUUCAAGGAUUCUCGUCCCAUGAGGUUAUUCCAUGAGUUUUGGUUUCGCAAGCUCCCGAUUACCGGAGUACUCAUUGAGCGUUUCACUAGGUUUGUUAUGGACGUCGAGCGUUGGGCUUUUGAAUACACUGAGCGUCUGAUAUAUAAUGUAGACCGUUUUGCGCCUAUGCACUCCGUGACUACGCUUUGCGAGACCUUCACGGUACCGGUGAAGCUGUUGAAUCAUCUCGGCGAGCUUCACGGAUUUGCAUUGCGUGGCAUUGGUUCACAAAAGGAGAAGGUGGAGAACACGUCUAGCACCAGAAUUGAGGAGACAAGUCAUACUCCGCCUUCUGUUAAUGUGGAUUCAACCGUCAACUACGCCGAUGUUCCUGAGAUUGAUAAAUCCAAAGAAGAAGAGCUGCAAUCUAUAUCAGUUGUUCCAAGGGGUACUGCCCUUGCAGAUUUUUUGGAGAAUGGAAGAUUUUUAAGGACGUUUGACUGCAUCAAGUUACUAGGUAAAGGUGGAUUUGGUUCCGUGUAUAGGGCUCAACACAAGCUGGAGCCUGGCAAUCCUACUUAUGCUGUGAAACUUGUGUUACUGAAAUUAAAAGCUUCAGAAGGUCUAACGUCUAAACGUUACUUCCGGGAGAUUGUAGCUAAUAGAGAGAUAUCUAGCAAAUAUGUAGUACGUUAUUUUACCUGGUGGUGUGAAGAGCCACAUUUCCUUCCUCUUACCCAGUUGACAGCAGAGAUACAAAGUGCCGCUGCUACUAACGUGAAACAUUUGAUUGGUACGACUGCAAUUGACGCCCAGCGUUCAACGGCGCUUACUGCUUUUAUGCAGCAGUAUCAAGAAAUGCUUAGGGAGAUAAUGGAGAAAUCGAGUGAGGACAGUGUUUUCAACACAAGCAAUAUUUCUUUAAUGAAUUCUGGAGUUGAGCCGCGUGCUCGUAAUAAACGAUUGAGGGCUAUAGGUGAAAAUUCGUAUCGAUCACGUGUUGGCAGUGACGAGAGCGACAGCAUGUUGAAUGGUGUCCAUGUUUACAAAUUUGAGUAUGAAGAAAGCAACGACGUGAUCGAGUAUAACGAAUCUAGUCAGGGUGUUGUCUUCGAAUACAGUGAGGUUUCACAACAACCAAACAAUAUUGCUGAUGAGAUGCAACUUCGCGAGCUCAGCGCGCAAAACCAUAAUAAACAUGAGUCACGCGAGAAGGAAACCGAGAAAUCAUAUCCUGUGGUAUUGCUAAUUCUCAUGGAACUUUGCAAAGGUUGUACGCUUCGUGAGUGGCUGAACAGGCCAGAGCGGAGUGACAAGCCUAUGCACUAUACUUUAGCGUCCAAUGGUGUUCCUGUUGAGUUUGACUUAUUCAGGCAGCUCAUCAAGGGUCUGCGUGACAUUCACGCUAACAACUUUAUACAUCGUGAUUUGAAGCCUGAGAAUGUAUUUGUGGAUCCUGAUACUCAUGCUGUUAAGAUUGGUGAUUUCGGUUUGGUGGGUUUUAUCUCUCAGACUACCCAUGACACACCGUUACCCCAAAAUUUCAGAGAUGUAAAGCAAGGUGAACCUUUGCACCACCAGGGUACCGAUAGGAGUCCUCCAUCGGUUCCUGGUCAUAUCAUCGGUACGCCUGGUUACACGGCUCCUGAGGGUGGUUUUCACUGUUCUGAGAAGGCGGACAUUUACUCCGCUGCGUUGAUUUUGUUGGAGUUACUUUCACCAAGGUUCAACACGGUUAUGGAGCGUUUAGCGGUUCUUGAUACCUUCCGCAAGAGUUCCAAUGUGCCAGAUUUCAUUGCUACUGAGCUGCGACCUUGGCAUGAUUUACUGAUUGAGAUGGGUAGCAAGACCCCUGAGUUACGGCCGUCAGCUGUUGAAAUUCAGAAACGUCUUAAGGUCAUCAUGGCUAAUUGGAACGGUGAACCGUCACAUUAA